AUGCGCCGCUCAAGCCCGUCGAGGCUCUUGUUACCCGCCUUGCUCUUCAUAUCCUCUCAGCAGAACUUCGGCCUCGCCGCCCCGGCACCCACGUAUCACAAUGAGAGGCACGAUGAGAGGGAUCUCUCCGGCGCCGUAGGAGAUCUGAUCGACGACUUCGGUGAACUGUUGAACGACACAGCGAGUCUCUUGUCCCAAUUUGUGGCGGUGAUCAAGGAAGUCAAGAAUUCAACAAACGAGAACGAUCUCGUCGGACUGCUCGGUGUGAGUGUUAUUAGCAGUGGCAAGAAGGAUGAUGAUGAUGAUGAUGACGACGACGAAAAUGGCGCUGGCGUCAAUGGGACGGUCAGCGCCGUCGCUGCGAAUGGGACUGUGACGUGUCCGGACAUGGCAGUCUUGUUCGCCCGAAACGUCGGUCUGUACACAGGACCGUCAUUCUUCACAGCGCUCCGCAACUACAUCAACGGAACAUCAACGAUGGCCGUUCAGGGAGUUCCAUACCCGGCCUCCAUCGGCGGCUUCCUGCAAGGAGGCUCACCGCUCGGCGCAGGCGUCAUGGCCGAACUAGCCAACAAGACUGCCUCGGCCUGCCCCAACACCAAGAUCGUGAUGGCUGGCUACUCCCAAGGCGCACAGGUCGUCCACAACGCAAUGGAGAAGGUGGUGGCCAUGUCCAACACUACCGCUUCUAACAACAUCGACGUUGCAUCCCGCGUCUCCAGCGUCGUCCUGUUCGGCGACCCACGCAACGGCACCGCCAUCGCAGGUAUCGACCAGGGAAGGGUCCUGAGUCUCUGCAACGCCCAGGACAAUAUAUGUGCCAAGGGCGGCGACAAGAUCACGCUCGACCACCUCACGUACAACCGUGAUGCGCCUCAGGCGGCCAUGUUUGUGAUGCAGAGGAGCGCGCUGGGGUUGAUGAGCAACGACGCUAUGAUGCAGGGUAUGAGUAACGUGCCGGUGGUCAAGGUUGGAAAGGGACAGAACGGGGGGCAGCAAGUUGGGACUGGCCUGGGUCUACCUGAGAUGUGA